CUCAGACACAGAGACACGGAGGAGAACCAGAGAGACGCUUUAGUUUGGAUUCAAGAGGACGCAGAGUACAGCGCACUUGUUUGGAGAGGAGUUUACAGAGAAACCUUCAGGUCAACAUGAAUGUAUUACUAAACCUGCUGUUGCUGCUUUUUGCUUUGUGCUGUGCUGCAGAUCCGAAAGUGCUCAAUAUCAGACAGAAGAGAGGCACGCGGACAAAUAGAGACGCUUGUGUGGACGCUAAUUCGGCCACGGUCAGAGAAAUUGGGGCGGCGUGGCUGCGAUGGAAGGGUCAGAAAGUUGAAUUCUGCCGCUGCGCCGUUCGAGCAAGAGUACGCUGUCAUGAGAUACCGGUGACCAAAUGUUUCGUGUCUAAGUGUUAUAAUGGAGGGACGUGUAAAGAAGCUGUUUACUCCAGUGACUUCAUCUGCCAGUGUCCGCCCGGGUUUACAGGAACACAGUGUGAAAUCAGUAAGUCAUCAGCAGUUGACCUUGUAGCAAAUACUGCUAUUUAUCACUGUUCAGAGGUUUUUAGUAAUACUAAUUUUACGAACCCGGAUGGUGACCUGGGCCCCUGGUGUCACGUCUAUAAAGGGUCUCAGUUGACCUGGGAGCUCUGUGACGUCCCUAAGUGCCCGAGGAAAACUCCAUCGAUCACCACACUUGGUCCACGAGCCCCGAUAACCACCAACACUCAAGGUUCCUGCGGUCAGCGAGUUGAAGCUCCUUCAAACUCUCUGCCCAUGUUCAGGAUUCGUGGAGGUCAGGUCAGCGAUAUCAGAGAGCAGCCGUGGCAGGCCGCCCUCACCGUCUAUCUGCCACGCGCUAAAUCAUACAGCUUCCUCUGCGGCGGUGUCCUCAUCGACUCCUGCUGGAUCCUCACCGCUGACAAAGUAGUCCGUGUGACAUUUGAUGAGAAGCGUCUUCGAGUGGUUCUGGGCCGAACCUUCAGGCUUCAGAACUCCAGCAGCGAGCAGAUCUUUGACGUGGAGAAAUACUGGAUUCAUGAGCAGUACGACGACGAGACGUAUGACAAUGAUAUCGCUCUGCUCAAGUUGAAGAGUGAGUUCGGUAUCUGUGCCGUUCACUCUCCAGAAGUUCUGCCUGCAUGUUUACCAGAACCUAACCUGGUUUUACCGGAUUGGACGGAGUGUGAGAUCUCUGGUUACGGGAAAGAGGAAGAGUUUUCUCCGUUUUACUCGGAGCGAAUUAAGCGUGGUCGGGUGCGCUUGUGGCCGCAGGAACAGUGUGUCCCGGAGAAGCUGGCUGGCCGUCUGGUGACCCCAAACAUGCUGUGCGCCGGAGACACGCGCGGCCUGGACGACGCCUGCAAGGGAGAUUCCGGCGGUCCUCUGGUAUGUCCCAAAAAUGGCAGGAUGACUCUGAUGGGUUUGAUCAGCUGGGGUGACGGCUGCGGGAAGAAAGACACGCCUGGCGUUUACACGCGUGUCACAAACUACACAAACUGGAUCUCCAGCAAGAUGAGAGCGAACUGAGAUGCAAACGAUCAGCAUUCGUACAAAAUACAGUGACUGUCAGGUACGGAAAAUAAGGUGAUGGUGAAAACGCCUCGCAUUCACCGACCUUCACACCUACUGGACUACAUUUGACCUGCUCUGUGGGUUUGAGUGGCAUUUAAGGAGGAGACGUGGGAACACGACAGAUGCUGCGAGUCAGUCAUUGUAGAUCAUGUUUCACACGGGACGAGAAAUCUGACUCCAAAAACUGUUUUUAAUUUACAACACACAACGUGGCCUUCAAUUUACAAAAGGACAACAUGAGAAAUGCAUGAUAAUAAGGGUGCUAAAGUGCAAACUCUGAUGCACAAGAUCUAUUAAAAGUACUUUGUUUUAAACUUAUAAUGGAUUUAGAGGCACUUUCGCUUUGCUUUUAAAUAGUGAAGAUGUGAGUGAGCGACUGAUAGCACUUUUGAAUGUUAUGUGACGCUUUAUAAUGCUUGUUAAAUCGUAAUUAUUUUUAACACUAAACAUCUGCUGGGUCAGAGAGAGGUUCGA